AUGAAUUUAUUGACUUUAAUCGUCUGCGUCCUAAUUCCUAUUUAUACAAAAGCUUGGUGGCAUCCAAAACCGUUGACAACGUGGACGUGGCAAUUGCAAGGAACUAUCGAUACCACAAAAAAUGUUCAAAUGUACGAUAUUGAUCUCUUUGAUACGCCAAUAGCCACUAUAUCAAAAUUAAAACAAGCAGGACGAACUGUUAUUUGUUAUUUCAGCGCUGGAAGCUUCGAAAAUUGGCGUCCGGAUGCAUCAAAAUUUCCAAAAUCAGUUCUCGGAAGUGUCAUGGAAGAUUGGUGUGAUUCUUCCACUCAAUGCGAAUGGUGGUUAAAUAUUAAACAAGCGAAUAUGGCUAUCAUAGGACCAAUAAUGCAGGCUCGCCUUGAUCUGGCUAAAUCAAAAGGAUGUGAUGGAGUGGAACCAGAUAAUAUCGAUGGGUAUACGAAUGAGAAUGGCGUCAAGUUAACGUAUGCAGAUCAGUUGGCGUAUAAUAAAUGGUUAGCUCAAGAAGCACAUAAAAGACAAUUGUCAAUUGGUUUAAAGAAUGAUCUUGAUCAAAUCCCUGAGCUCGUUGGUUCAUUCGACUGGGCUCUUAAUGAACAAUGUUUUCAAUACAAUGAAUGUAACAAGCUACUCCCUUUUAUCAACGCUGAUAAAGCUGUUUUCAUUUGUGAAUACAAAGGUUCAACAAAUACGUUCUGUCCAAAAUCAAAUCAAAUGAAAUUCAGUACAAUCAAAGCUACACUAGAUCUGAAUGGUAAAAAUAUGGCUUAUUGUUUAACUACCGUAUAA